AUGCUUCAAGCGCAGACCCAACACGUCUUCUCCCACCAGCAUCAAUACCCUCAGGCUGAUCCUUCGUGGAUGCAGCAUCAGCAACAGCAACAGCACCACCAGGCUCAGCCGCACCCACACCAGUCGCAGCAGCAGCACGCUUCCCUAGUCGCCCAACAGCAUGCUCAGGUGCAAGCUGCAGCAGCAGCAGCACAGCAACAACACUAUGGCCGCAUUGCCAUGAGCGGCAACGGUGCUGGAAACCCCGCGCAGGGAGCCGGUGGCGCCGGCAUGGGUGGAGAUGGUAUGUCAAAUGCGGUCUCCGCCAUGGACGGUGGAAUCAGUGAGGAGAAUCGCAAGGUCUUCAUUUGGGUCGCCGAGCUAUUGGAUCCAGCUCGCAGGGAAUCGGCCUUGAUGGAACUGAGCAAGAAGCGGGAACAGGUCCCCGAACUGGCUCUGGUUAUCUGGCACUCUUUUGGUGUCAUGACGGCGCUCCUUCAAGAAAUUAUCUCGGUGUAUCCGCUCUUGAACCCUUCUCAGCUGACUGCUGCCGCGUCAAAUCGAGUCUGCAAUGCGCUGGCGCUUUUGCAAUGCGUCGCUUCCCACAACGAGACCCGCACUCUCUUCUUGAACGCUCACAUCCCUCUUUUCCUCUACCCCUUCCUCAACACCACCUCCAAGUCUCGUCCCUUCGAAUACCUCCGACUAACAUCGCUGGGCGUCAUCGGCGCAUUGGUGAAGAAUGACUCCUCUGACGUGAUCAACUUCCUCCUAACUACGGAGAUCAUUCCGCUCUGCCUUCGCAUUAUGGAGACCGGAUCAGAGCUGAGCAAAACUGUUGCUAUAUUUAUCGUACAGAAGAUUCUUCUUGAUGAUAUUGGCUUGGGCUACAUUUGCGCGACAUAUGAAAGAUUCUAUGCCGUGGGCACUGUCCUGAGCAACAUGGUUACUCAGUUGGUGGAGCAACAGACUGUCCGCCUUCUGAAGCACGUUGUGCGCUGCUUCCUUCGUCUCAGUGACAACAGCCGGGCCCGGGAGGCCUUGCGGCAAUGUCUCCCCGAACCUCUCCGGGAUGCCACGUUCUCAUCCGUCCUCCGUGACGAUGCAGCCACCAAGCGCUGCUUGGCUCAGCUCCUUAUCAAUUUGUCCGACACCGUCUCGGAUGGAGCCCCGACAGCCAUGUAA